AUCCGAACCCUAACCCUAGCUAUAUAAAAUGCUCUUCUAAAACCCUAACCGCCCUGCUGCGCUGUUGCUCUCGUUUCCAACCUCUCAGACUCACCAGCCCUCAGAGAAGAAGGAAAAAUGAAGGUGGUAGCUGCAUAUUUGCUGGCUGUGUUGGGAGGGAACACCUGCCCCUCAGCUGAGGAUGUGAAGAACAUUCUUGGAUCCGUUGGAGCUGAAGCUGAUGAAGAUAAGAUUGAGCUGUUCUUGUCUGAAGUCAAGGGUAAAGAUAUAACGGAGCUUAUUGCCUCUGGAAGAGAGAAAUUAGCAUCUGUGCCUUCUGGUGGUGGUGGUGCUGUUGCAGUUGCUGCCACAGGUGGUGGUGCCGCUGCUGCUCCUGCUGCAGCCGAGACAAAGAAAGAGGAAAAGGUGGAAGAGAAGGAAGAAUCAGAUGAUGAUAUGGGCUUCAGUCUCUUUGAUUGAGGAAUCCCAUUUUAUGUUUCAAGAUUUCUCCAAUUGAGGACUUGGUGUAGGACUUUAGAGUUGUUUCUACAGGCUUACUAUUUUUGGAGGUUCUCUGUUAAGACUGGGAAAUUGAUAACUGUGCUAAAAUUUUGCAUAUUUACUUA